AUGAUCUCCAGAAAUUUGUUGUUCCACUUCCAAUAUUGCAUGCUUUGUUUGCUUAGCUUUCAUACCAGACUCAGUAGCCCCGUUAAUUUUCUUGCGUCUUACUGUGGAAAUACUACAUACGAACCGAGCAGUAUUUCUGGCAGGAUUUACAGUAACAAUCUGUAUUCCGUGUUUGACGCUCUAUAUUCAAAUGCAUUUCAGACAGACACCAGUGGUUUCUACAAUUCCAGUACUGGCAAUGACCCUUCUAACACGGUCUAUGGCCUCUUUCUCUGUCGAGGCGAUGUCAGCACUGAUGUUUGUGGACAAUGCGUAGCAAUAGCCGGCGUCAAAGUAAUUGAGGAGUGCCCGUAUCACGAGGAUGCUAUUGUUUGGUACGAGGAGUGCUUCUUACGCUUUUCUAACCAGGCAAUUUUCUCCAGGGUCGAUGUCUACGUUGUUUUUGCUAUGUACAAUGUACAAAAUGUCACUGGACGGGACCAGGAGAAGUUCAAAACAACGUUGGAAAACCUGGUGAAUGACAUUGCGGUUCAGGCUACAAAUAGAACGGGGGCGAAAAUGUUUGCUGUUCGAGAAGGCGACUAUUCCACGGGUAACAAGAAAUUGUACACCCUUGCGCAGUGCACACCAGAUCUAUCCGCUCUAGACUGCGAAACUUGUCUCAGCAAUGCUAUAUCAGUGCUGCCCUCGUGUUGUAAUGGCAGAGUGGGAGGUAGAGUGAUGUUUCCAAGCUGUAAGGUAAGGUAUGAGGUUUACCCCUUCUACGGUAGUGUAUCCUCUGCACCACCGCCUACAUCCUCUGCACCACCGCUUCCGGCAAACUCUCCUGGUGGUCCUCCUUCUAGUUCCACUAAAGGCUUACGAUUUCUUGUUUGUAUCAGAUUCCGGGUCGAAAAUGAAAAGAAUUAA